AUGAAUCAUCAUUGUACUUUCGAAGAUCUGCCUAUGAUAACAAUUUAUACACCCAAACUCCAACAUUUAUAUUUUAUCAAUGAAAAAGAAUUGAAUAAUUCAAUCCGUGAUAUUAUUCUUCCGAUUCCAUUGUGCAGUUUAACACAUCUUACUGUUCGUGAUUAUUAUAAAAAUUUUAAUGAAUUUGAAAUAUUUAUCAGUCAUUUAAAUUUAAAAUUAAAAGUUUUAUUUAUCACUGUUAAAUUUCAAGAUAUAACUUAUCUUAAUGCUUUUCAUUGGGAAGAAUUUAUUCGAAAACAUUUACCACAACUAAAAAAAUGUUAUUUAAAUCAUUUCGAAGGAAUUCAAUUUCCAAUAAAUCCUCAGCAGUUAAAUCAAUUCUCUUCAAUAUUCUGGAUUAAACGACAAUGGAUAAUGGAAAUUCAAUUUGCAGAUGGAUAUACUACGCAUCUAAUUCGUCCAUACAGAAAAACAUGGUUUCUCGAUUCUUCAUUUAUACAAUUAACUCUUAUAUAUUAUUCUGAUAGAUUUGGAGGAAUAAGAACUAUAGAUCGUAGACAUUUUUUAAGUACAAUACAAAUUUAUGACUUGAAAAUUUCUGACGAAAAUAUCUUUGCAGGCGAUACAUGUCAAAUUACAAAAGUUUAUCUUGAGAAGGCGACUGAAAUUGAAGAAGUUUAUUUACUUAUGAAGCUUUAUCCUUGGCUCACAAUUUGUCAAAGUUGGUUACAUUAA